AUGCUGGCAGCUCUGAUCACCGUCCUGUUCCUCACGUUCGCUUCCCGAAUCCAAGCAAAGAUUCAAAUCACUCAACCGGCCCCACAAGCUCGUACUCUGCAGGUUCGACCGCUCCCAUCACUCCACUGGGUGUACUCCUCGUCCGAUCCUCCAGUCCUGAAUGUUAUCAUUCGCCAAGAACCGACCGAUGUCAAUGCUUCGCCCAUCAGCCCUAUCCGUCUCGGCGUAGUGACGAGCUGGGGCCAGGUGACUUUGGAUGAGCUCAGUCCAGACAAACGCCCGUUCAAGCCAGGGAUGAACUUCACUAUCCUUGUAAUGGACGGAACAGGUUCCAGGGGUUCAGAUGAGGAGGACGCCCUGGAUCGGGUUGGGCCGUUGUUGUUGACUGAGGGAUGGAACGGCAUCGUGCCUGUCACAAGUACAAGCACCAACGGCGGCGUACCGAGUGCAGAGACCAGCGCGCCCAGCGAUGCCAACAUGACAUUGUCCAGCGGCAGCAACAUGACGAUAACCACGACCGAUACGGGUCCAAGACACACACCACAGGACCCGUUUGGUGGCGAACAAGGGAACGCUGAGCCUCCUCCACCUUCCGCGACGACGACUACAUCUGAGGCAGAAAAGGUAUUCGCAAGCACUCUGUACCUGCUAGCAAUCUUCAUGUUGGGUUUGCCUGCAUUCUGGCUUGGACUGUGGGAAUAG